AUGUCUACCAACAUCUUCGAAUCUUCCCGACUCGCCUAUCGCGGCGCCAUGACAGAAGACUUUGACGACGUCUUCGCAUGGUCAAAUCUACCCGAGCAACAACUUGGUGCCCACGGCGGCGACCUCGUGCCGAAGGAUGCAGGCGCCAAGGAACGCGCGAGGACACGAUUCAAGGAGGAAGCUCGGCCGCUCUAUGUGCUCGCUGUAGAGAAAGAUUCGGGCGAGGUUGUAGGGGCCGUGUCGCUACGCAAUGGGACAUGGCGGAUGGAGUACGAGAUCGGGUUGGGCGUUAAGAAGGAAUUCUGGGGCAAGGGAUACGCCACGGAAAUGACGACUUGGGUCGUUCAGCACGCCUUUCUGUAUAUGACCGGUGUCCAUCGCAUCAAAGUGGCGGGUUUCAGCUCGAACCCGGCUGCCAUCGCGGUCUACAAGAAAGUUGGCUUUGUUCAGGAGGGUGUGACGCGCAGGGCGCGCUAUUCGGCUGGGAAGUGGGAUGAUGUGAUCGAGUUGGCACUGGUGGAGGACGAGUGGAGAAACCGCCUCAAGCUCGAGGAGAGUAAGUAG